AUGCAGCAAAAGAUUGUGAUUAAGGUUUUUAUGCACUGCCCCAAGUGCCGCACCAAAGCUAUGCAAAUUGCUGUCACCAUGCAAGGAGUUGAAUCCGCGGAGCUAACGGGUGAAGAAAAGGAUCACGUAGUGGUCGUCGGAGUCGGAAUAGACUCGGUCGAGCUCACGAGGCAGCUGAGGAAGAAAGUAGCCUAUGCUGAGCUCGUCAGCGUGGGCGAGAACAAGAAAAAGACCGAAAAGCCCGACACAAUCUGUCCGUCGGUUAUUGGUUUUCCUCCGCCACCGCCACCGCCACCGCCACCUUAUUACAGCUACCAUGUUUGUGAAGAAAGGGAUCCUUUUUGCAUCAUCUUGUGA